AUGGAGAAUGCAAAGUUCGUGGAGGAGGCCGGGUAUCGACUCACAUCAGAUGAGAUCGAUCGAGGGUCGAGCUCGGAGGUGUACAAAUGCGUGCGGCAGAAGGAUGGCGUGCCCGUGCGGGUGAAGGUGCUGAGCCUCUCGUUCCCCAUGCCACGACAUCUCAGCAACUUCCAACACGAGUACAACAUCGUCGAGAGUCUCAAGACGGUGACGGGCGUGGUCGCCAUCUACGACCGCAUUUCACGACACAACUUCGAGGCCCUCGUCCUGGAGGACUUUGGCGGCGAUGACCUGUUCAAGUGUCUGGAGCGAGACGGCCCCUUUGCCGCUCAUCUCGAGCAAUUUAUCGACAUCGCCAUCUCGCUCGCCAUUUCUUUGGGCCAAAUCCACAGUCACUCCAUCGUGCACAAGGACAUCAAGCCCGCCAAUAUCAUAUGGAACAGACAGACGGGCGUGGUGAAGCUGACGGACCUGGGCAUCGCUUCGGUGGUGAUCCGCAGCAAGGACACCAACCAGGGCCGCGUGCCCUUCCAGGCCCUCGGGUCCCUGCCCUACCUGCCGCCCGAGCUGUCGGUGCGGACCGAGUCAAAGAGCAUCGACCACCGCAGCGACUUCUACUCCCUCGGCGUCUCCUUCUUCCAGCUCCUCACCGGUCGCCUUCCCUUUCAAGAGAAGACCCCCAUCCGGCUCCUCCACGCACACAUGGCCAAGCCCACUCCGCGCCUUCACGAAGUCGACGCACGUGUCAUCGGCAUCUGUGAGCACUCGCGCCGCGGAGACAACAUCUUCAACACCUGCUUCGACCGCACCACCUUCACACAGCUUACCAACAACCUGACUCUCUAUCCUAACAUCACCUUCAAGUUUCCGGGCGUCCAGGUGGACUUAAUGCCGCACCAAUACUUGCGCAUCCAACUGCGCAGUUCGUAUUGCGUGGAACUGGCCAUUGCGCCCAUCGAUAACACCCUCACCAUCCUGGGCGACACCUUCAUGCGAGACCGCGUGACGAUCUUUGAUCGCGCGAACAAGCGUGUGGGAUUCACGAACGCCAGGGCCUACGUGUGGACCGGGCCACCAGCCGAGGAGUGGGUCUGGUGGACCAUCGCCUGCUCGCUGGCAGGCUUCACGCUAUACAAGCGACAGCGGAUGCCGCACUACGAGCCGCUCAUCUUGGCCGUCGACGAGCUCGAUGACCUUGACGAUGGCCUCAGUUUUGCUCUCCCGCCGACUUCCUCCGCGGAGUCUUCGUCCUCGUCUUCCUCACCGCCCUCGCGCGUGUUGCGUGCCGGAGUGCCGUCGGACUUUACCGGCAAGAGCAGCAACGAGGCCAUGCUCGUCAAUCCGGCCUUCGACGACCCCAGCGUCAUCAGCGAGGAGGUCAUGGACACAUGA